AAAACUUGCUCAUUAUUGGAUGAUGAUUAUAUAUUUGAUAUAUCCUCAGCGUCAUUAUUUUCGUUGACGUAAUCAUAUUUUUUCUCUCAUAAUAGAUUUCCUUGUUUGUUACAAAAUUUCCAUUGCUAGGAGAUAUGUUUGUAUUUGCUGUUAUAAGUGGAUGAGUGAAAUCUUUUAGCCCAUUCAAUAGUGAUCAUCAUUUGACAAUCAUCGUCGACAAUCGACAAAUGGCUAUGAUACGUAAUUCUGGAAUAAUUUUUCGACAGCUUUUUGAUCGAACAUCAUGUACCUAUACAUAUAUGUUGGCUUGUUCAAAAACCAAAGAUGCCUUGUUAAUCGAUCCGGUUAAAGAAUUAAUUGAACGAGAUCUAAAUUUAAUCAAUCAAUUGGAUUUGAAGCUCAAAUAUGUACUCAAUACACAUGUUCAUGCCGAUCAUAUAACAAGCAGUGGACAGAUUAAGAAAAUAUUGGACGGAGUAAAGUCAAUAAUUUCAAAAGAGAGUGGUGCCGUUGCUGAUGUUCAUGUUGAAAAUAAUGAUUCAAUUAAACUUGGAGAAAAUAUCGAUUUAUUGGUCAAAAGUACACCAGGACAUACAAAUGGAUGUGUCUCAUAUUUUCUAGCUAACGGUCCAUGUGUUUUUACUGGCGAUGCCCUAUUGAUCCGUGGAUGUGGUCGUACCGAUUUCCAACAAGGCGAUUCUGGAAAACUCUAUGAUUCAAUACAUAGUCAACUAUUUACAAUACCGGAUGAAUGUAUUGUUUAUCCUGCCCACGAUUAUAAUGGCAAUACAUGUUCAACAAUCGGUGAGGAAAAACUUUAUAAUCCUCGUCUAUGUCGAACACGCGAUGAAUUCAUUGAUCUGAUGAAAAAUCUUAAACUUCAGCUUCCCAAAAUUGAUUGAUAUUGCCGUUCCAGCAAACAUGGUCUGCGGUGUUUAACCAACAAAUAACAAUGAUCCCCGAUUUGA